AUGAAGGAGAUGCUUCACCUGCUGGAGAAAGCGGAUGGACGACUGCUGGAGGUGGUAAACACGCUUGGGGAAAUCAUAACAAGGAUGCUGGACAACAUAAUGUUUGGAAUGGUCAAGGUGCCAACAGCGCUUCGACUGGCGCUGGGUCGGUGGAAAGAGAGAGAACGGAGCGCAAAAGUGAAAGUGGAGCUAUGCCUGAAUGGAUGGACGACGGGGAAGACCAGGAAAGGAACGAAUCGAGUGAUGACACGACUAGCGCCACAGGCUCGUUCGACGAGCAUGGUCGUUUCCGAAAGAAGGUUGGUUGUUUUAUAAGA